CUAUUUGUAUACAAAAAAUAAUUAUCAUUCUUUAAAUUAGUUUUCUAAAAUAACCAAUUAUUUCAAUUAGUGACAAUUGGAUAUAAUAGUUUAUUUAUACCUCUAUUUAUUAUGUUUCAAAUCUUUCUUGCGGAGAAAGAUUGACACAACCGCCAAAAAUCUAACCUAUAAAAAAGUUUAUUUUUUGUUAAAAAGAAAAGUUGUCAUAUAAGUGAAAUUAAAAUUUUAAUUUGUGCAAAUGUGAUAGUGUGUGAGACGAACAAAUAUAUAUUUACAAAAAAAAAAGUGAAUAGUGAUUAAUUUAGAUUAAAGAAAAAUAAGUUUUAAAUAAAGAAAUAUUGUCAAGAUGGAUCAAAUGUUACCAAGUCCAGGUUUUAGUAUACCAAGUAUUGGUACACCGUUGCAUCAACCUGAAGAAGAUCAACAAAUUCUUCCCAAUGCUCUUCAACAGCAACAACAGCAACAACAACAACCUCAACAAUAUCAAUUACAACAAUUACAUUCAAUGAGUCCAAAUUUACAAAGUGGAAUGCUUAUGUUAACACCUCAAAAACAAAUUCAUACUUAUGCACCAACACCUUCUUUUGCAACACCACAAAGUCUUAUGCAGCCUCAGACUCCGCAAAAUAUGAUGUCUCCUAUUGUACAGCCAACAAAUCAAAUGGCUCCCGCUUCAAUAGGGCCAUCAACCCCAGGACCAAUGACACCAAUGACUCCAGCUUCCGCAGAUCCUGGAAUUCUUCCACAAUUUCAAAAUAUUGUAUCAACAGUUAAUUUAAAUUGUAAAUUAGAUUUAAAAAAAAUAGCGCUUCACGCAAGAAACGCUGAAUAUAAUCCAAAACGAUUUGCUGCUGUAAUUAUGAGAAUACGAGAACCAAGGACAACUGCUUUAAUAUUCAGUAGUGGAAAAAUGGUUUGUACUGGUGCAAAAAGUGAAGAAGAUUCACGACUUGCAGCUAGAAAAUAUGCGCGAAUCAUUCAAAAACUAGGAUUUCCGGCCAAAUUUCUCGAUUUUAAAAUACAAAAUAUGGUAGGAAGUUGUGAUGUUAAAUUUCCUAUUCGAUUGGAAGGAUUAGUUUUAACUCACGGUCAAUUUUCAUCUUAUGAACCAGAAUUAUUUCCAGGAUUAAUAUACCGAAUGGUGAAACCUCGCAUUGUUCUCCUUAUUUUUGUUUCCGGAAAAGUUGUACUCACAGGUGCAAAAGUAAGGCAAGAAAUUUAUGAAGCAUUUGAUAAUAUUUAUCCUAUUCUUAAGAGUUUUAAAAAGCAAUAACGAAAUUUUUAUUCACUUA